CAAAGAGGAGCAUCGCUACAAGGGUUAAAGAACACGUCUCGUUGAAGUCAGCGGUUUGUGUACACGCAAUGGACCAGGCCACUACAUUCGGUUUGAUAAACCACAGACCUUCUCUCGUGAAGGCAGGUGGAGUCGGGGGCGAAGUGAUGCUUAAAAUAGACCUGCACGAGACUACGGACAGACAAACAACAGCCAACAAUUUGUUUAUUACAUACAUCAACGCAACGGACUUGCAGCGUUUGCAAAAUGGUAAUGCAACUAUGAAUUUGGACAUGAAAAAUAAUAUGCUCGGACAUCAAUUGUUUAAGAGAAAUCCUGAUAGUCCUAUGUAUGUACCCCUAGACCUAGGUCACCAAAUAGGUAUCCCAAGAGAGAGAAGUUCACACACACAAUUGGUGCAAAUUAAAGGGGAUAGUUCAAAAAUAAAGAAGAGUCUGGAUGACUUCACAAUGAGGAAGAGACGGACGUAUUUAUCUACGCGAAAAUUUGAUUUCCCGUUCAUAGAUUUAAACAGCAAAUACCAUCAAGUUUCGGAUGAAGAUUAUUUAAGACGGCGCAAUAUGGUAGAAGAUAACUUCGCUGACAGGGACCAAAGGAUAUUCGAAGUGCUGACAAAACAGAAUAAGUUAAUAGAGAGGAUUGCAAACAGUCUUCUGUUAAGAGAAGAAAAAAAGAAAAAAAUUGCUAGAACAUACUUUGACGACAUACUAGAAUCUGUCGAGAAACGACAGUCAUCAGUGAAUGCUAAAACUAUUAAACCAAAGACGACAACAAAGAAGCAAAAAGCUGUUGUUACUGUCAUCGACGAAACGGAAAUUAGGAAGGCGCUGAAAGCUGAUCCAUUCGUCAGCAGAAUAUUACGUCUGGCUGGCAAGAAGAAACAGGAAUACGAGGGUCAAAAGGACAGAGCUGAUGGGUACUUGAUGUGAAUACUUUGAAGAUAAUAAAAUUCAUCACGAAGGA